GGGGUGCCGUCUGUCCCGUUGAGCUCCUCCUGCACAGCGACUGUCAGGUGUGUGUGCACCAUGGCGAGCCUCCUGCGUGUGGUGGCGACCAGCUGCUCAGCGCCCGUGUUCGGCAGCGUCUCCUUUGCGAAGCUGCAGAGUUGCCCUGCUAUCAAAUCCUCCUCUGUACGCUUUUUUAGGACCCAUCAAGCUCUCUGGUGCAGUGCAAAUCCAGGUGUCCCAUAUAAACAGCUCACAGUCGGCGUUCCCAAAGAAAUCCUCCAGAAUGAGCGACGUGUGGCGCUGUCUCCCGCUGGUGUCCAGGCGCUCAUCAAGCAAGGCUUCAAUGUGGUGGUGGAGUCUGGAGCCGGAGAGGCUUCCAAGUUCCCCGAUGAGCAGUACGCCCAGGCGGGAGCAUCAGUCAAAGACAUAAAAGAUGUCCUGGCAUCUGAUGUUUUGGUGAAGGUGCGCGCUCCCACGUUCAACCCCGCGUUGGGUGUUCAUGAGGUGGAGAUGAUGAAAGACGCGGCGACUCUAGUCAGCUUCAUCUACCCAGCUCAGAACCCCGAGCUGAUGGACAUGCUGUCUCAGAAGAAGGCCACAGUGCUGGCUAUGGACCAGGUCCCAAGAGUCACCAUCGCCCAGGGUUACGAUGCAUUGAGCUCCAUGGCCAACAUUGCGGGAUACAAAGCAGUUUUGCUGGCAGCUAACAGCUUUGGACGUUUUUUCACCGGACAAAUCACAGCAGCUGGGAAAGUGCCACCUGCAAAGGUGUUGAUCAUCGGAGGAGGGGUGGCUGGGCUGGCUGCGGCUGGUACUGCCAGGGCCAUGGGAGCCAUCGUCAGAGGAUUUGAUACCAGGGCUGCAGCUUUGGAGCAGUUUAAAUCUCUGGGUGCAGAACCCCUGGAGGUGGACAUUAAAGAGUCGGGCGAGGGACAGGGAGGCUAUGCUAAGGAAAUGUCAAAGGAGUUCAUCGAGGCUGAGAUGAAGCUGUUUGCCAAACAGUGUCAGGAGGUGGACAUCGUCGUCAGCACGGCUCUUAUCCCUGGUAGGAAGGCUCCCAUCCUGAUCACCAAGCCGAUGGUGGAGAGCAUGAAGGAUGGCUCCGUGGUGGUUGACAUGGCUGCUGAGGCAGGUGGAAACAUUGAGACCACCGUGCCAGGAGAGCUGUCUGUGCACAAGGGAGUGACCCACAUUGGCUACACAGACCUUCCCAGCCGUCUGCCAACACAGUCCAGCACUCUGUACUCCAACAACAUCACAAAGUUGCUGCGAGGCAUCAGCCCAGACAAGGAAAACUUUUACUUUGAUGUCAAGGAUGAGUUUGACUACGGAACCUUGGACCACGUUGUGAGAGGAUCAAUUGUUAUGCAGAACGGAAAGAACAUGUUCCCAGCUCCUCAGCCCAAAAACUUGCCCACCGCAGCUCCUCCGAAACCCAAAAGUGUCCAGCAGCUUGAAGCAGAGAAGGCAGCCCAGAUCUCCCCCUUCAGGGCUACACUCACCAGCGCGGGCAUGUACACAGGAGGUAUUGCCACACUGCUGGGUCUGGGCCUGUCUGCUCCCAACGCCGCCUUCACUCAGAUGGUCACCACCUUCGGCCUCGCUGGCAUCGUGGGAUACCACACAGUGUGGGGAGUCACUCCUGCUUUGCACUCUCCGCUCAUGUCAGUCACCAAUGCCAUUUCAGGCAAGUUCUUUCUGCAUACUGUUCCCUGCAUGUCUGAUGACAGGCUCAUUAAAACAACAAGUUUGCUAAGUCUGACAGCUGUGGGUGGUCUGUCCCUGAUGGGAGGCAGCUACUUGCCAACUACUACCGCGGAGACACUGGCCGUGCUCGCGGCCUUCAUCUCUUCAGUCAACAUUGCUGGUGGUUUCCUGGUGACCAAGAAGAUGUUGGACAUGUUCAAACGUCCCACUGAUCCCCCUGAGUACAACUACCUCUACCUGCUACCUGGUGGCGUCUUUGUUGGAGGCUAUGCUGCUGCUCUGCAGUCUGGAUACAACAUUGAACAGAUGAUGUACUUGGGCUCAGGUCUAUGCUGUGUUGGUGCCCUGGCUGGCCUGUCCAACCAGACCACGGCUCGUCUGGGUAACACUCUGGGUAUGAUGGGAGUCGCAGGAGGGGUCGCCGCCACUCUGGGGGCUCUCAAACCUAAUCCAGAGCUCCUGGCACAGAUGAGUGCAGCCAUGGCUGUGGGUGGCAGCGCUGGAUUGGCCAUUGCUAAGAAGAUCCAGAUCACUGAUUUGCCCCAGCUUGUGGCUGCGUUCCACAGCUUGGUUGGGCUGGCCGCUGUCCUCACCUGUGUGGCUGAGUAUAUGAUUGAGUAUCCCCACUUUGCCACCGACCCAGCAGCCAACCUCACCAAGAUAAUAGCUUAUCUCGGCACCUUCAUCGGUGGAAUCACUUUCAGUGGAUCUUUGGUGGCAUACGGCAAACUGCAAGGUAUGUUGAACAGUUCUCCCCUGAUGCUUCCUGGUCGUCAUGCUCUCAAUGCCAGUCUCAUGGCCGCCAGCGUUGGUGGGAUGAUUCCCUACAUGCUGGAUCCAAGCUACACCACAGGCAUCACCUGCCUUGGAUCAGUGUCUGCCCUCUCUGCUGUCAUGGGUGUAACCUUGACAGCAGCUAUUGGAGGCGCUGACAUGCCGGUGGUCAUCACCGUACUCAACAGCUACUCAGGCUGGGCCCUGUGUGCUGAGGGCUUCCUGCUCAACAACAACCUGCUGACCAUCGUUGGUGCCCUCAUUGGGUCAUCCGGAGCCAUUCUGUCAUACAUAAUGUGUGUGGCCAUGAAUCGCUCUCUGGCUAAUGUGAUUCUGGGAGGUUAUGGCACAUCUUCCACCGGAACAGGAAAGCCCAUGGAGAUCAUAGGGACUCACACAGAGGUCAACGUGGAACAGACUGUCGACAUGAUUAAAGAGGCUCAGAACAUAAUCAUCACUCCAGGUUAUGGACUCUGUGCUGCGAAGGCCCAGUACCCCAUUGCUGAGCUGGUGAAGCUGCUUACAGAGUCUGGCAAGAAAGUCAGGUUUGGUAUUCACCCAGUGGCCGGCCGUAUGCCUGGCCAGCUCAAUGUGCUGCUGGCUGAAGCAGGUGUCCCCUAUGAUAUGGUCCUGGAAAUGGAGGAGAUUAAUGAGGACUUCCCGGAAACUGAUCUGGUCCUGGUGAUUGGCGCCAAUGACACGGUGAAUUCGGCUGCACAAGAAGACCCCAACUCCAUCAUCGCUGGGAUGCCUGUGCUGGAGGUCUGGAAGUCUAAGCAGGUGGUUGUGAUGAAGCGUUCUCUGGGUGUGGGAUAUGCAGCUGUCGACAACCCCAUCUUCUACAAGCCCAACACAGCCAUGCUGCUAGGCGAUGCUAAGAAGACCUGCGACGCUCUCCAAGCUAAAGUCCGCGAAAACCAGAGCCAGUAA